AUGACAUAUAUGACGUAUUGAGAUCAAAUGAUAAAUAUUGACAAAAGUGUCUUAUAAAAUACUCGAAACACUACACAUUAUCAUAAUGGUGGAAGGAGCUGGAUGUGGUGAAUUGCAACAACUGGUCCAAGAAGAGGAAUGCGAGGAACCCCUUAGUCAUGGGGGAGAAGCUACUCCUCCAUCAACACCAGCAAGAUCUCAACGUCCCAGCAAAACUGAAACACACAAUUCCAAUGUAUCGCAACAAAUACUGUGGGAAAAUAACACACAAACAUCACCAAUUAUCAGUAAAGGAAGCUCUGGUCAAGGGACAAGUCAAGGUUCUAUGGUUUCUGGUCGACUCGCUAAUACUUCAAGUUAUACUGGCAAUCAAUCUCGAUUAACAUAUUUCAAUGAAAAGGAGAAACAAAGGCCUAUUCGACCAGAUCCACCAAGAAUCGCGAGACAGCACAAAGGCAUGGUGUCAUGCAAACACCAUUGCUUUCUGUCAGAGGUUCCUGAUGUUCGCCAUAUGGAACAAGCUUUGUUGCAAUUACUGGAAGACUUUCACAGUGGGAAUUUACAAGCAUUUGGGAAAGAUUGUAGUAUGGAGCAGAUGACGGAAAUACGAGAACAACAAGAACGUUUAGCCAGGCUACAUUUUGAGCUUGGCCAACGACAAGAAGUGGGUGGAGAGCAAUCGGGUCUUCGUCAAUCGAGCGCAAAUAUGCGACAUUUGCUUCAUCGUCUCCAGCAAUUAAGUAUUUGUAUAGAAAAGUUACACAGUAAAUAAUUAUCAUCUUAUGGCAAUAUGGCAUAUUGUUAUAAAAAAAUUCUUAUAUUUGAGAUAUAUGGGCUUAUAUUGUUAAAUACAAUUUUUAUGAAGAAUACAUUGUUGAGUAAUAUAAUAUAUAUGUACAUAUAGGUACAUGUAUAAUAUUUUAUAUUGGUAUAAUCUUGAAAAAUCGUAAUCUUAAGUAUGAGUGCUGUAUAAAUGUAUCAUGUAUAUUUGUGAAAAGGAAGAAAAAAUAAUAACAUAAUAAGGAGAAAA